AUGGCAGACGCUGAGAACGCCGGGGCGGUUUCCCUGGAAACCUCCAAAACUCAGGAGAAAGGAUUUUGCCUUCGGAUAAAGCAGCGCGAAUAUCGACAAAAGGUUGUGCAUUCUCUUUGGAUGGCCGGAGUCCACUAUGUCAUUGGAGUAGUGGUAAGCCAAGCUGGGCCAACCUUCCUAGACCUCCAGAUCAUCACAGACACCGAUGUGAAACAAGCUUCAGCCUUCUUCACAUCGCAUUCAUGUGGUUUUAUGACUGGAGCAGUUCUGAGCGGGUUUAUCGGGAAAAAGGUAAGCAAGACUUUUGUUCUUUUCCUGAGUUUGCUGGGGGCGGGCGUGAUUGCAAUAGUGACCCCUUACUGUAACCUUUACUCACUCAUGAUCGCUGUCAAGGUGCUAGGAGGCGUGUUCAUUGGGCUGCUUGGAGCGACUGCGAAUACCGAACACAUGAGGCUAUGGGGCAAUGAGGGGAGGUCACUUAUGCAAAUCAUCCACCUGCUUUUCGCCCUUGGAGCAUUUACGUCCCCUCUCAUCACCAGACCUUUCCUCGCCCAGAGAGAAAGACUCGACGACACACUGCACAAGAACAACAGCGGUCUGCCUGAGAACGAGACGUCACACGUGGAGGAUACAUUCGGCUCCUUUCUCAUGACCUUCGUGGUACGAGAGUUCAAGGACUUGAGUAAAUCUCAAGGCGCAUACAUCACUGCCAUCUACUGGGCCUCUUUCGCCUGCUCGAGAUUUCUCAUGAUCUUCCUCGCCAGGAUUCUCUCGCCGACUCACAUACUGACUUUAUGCGGAUGUGUCAAUUUCCUCUCCUUCUCCUGUUUCACCAUCAGCGUCCAUCUAAGAGCCAUAACCGGUGUGACUGUACUAGCAGCGUUUGCCGGCCUUGGCAUGUCUGCAUUGUUCCCAUCAGGCUUAUCGUGGUGCGAGUCCAAACUACUUCCGGUGACGCCGAGACUGGCUUCCGGAAUAUUUUUUGCCUCGUCUAUUGGCACCAUGACGAAUCCGUUACUCAUCGGCUACCUGAUGGAGGAAGUCUCCAACAUCUGGUUCUGUUAUGUUCUGCUUGUCCAGGUGUCUGCUUUAGGCGUUGUGUUCACGUUUCUCAACUGUUUUAUCAACUUCUGUGUCAUUAGACGUCAUGGUCCUUUGAGGAGGAAAGAGACGUCACUUUAUGUAGAGAAUACUGACCUGUGCCUCAAACAACCUGAGGAAUAA